AACUGUGUACACUUGAGGUCAGUACUCGAAAGACAUUCCGCCGGUCGAGGCCAUGAACAUCCUGAUUGUUUUCACUGUCUUCCACAUGGCCAGGGUUGCGGGCGCCGCGCCUCUACCGGAGGUUUGCGCUGACAUGUGCGCACUUGUUGAAGGGGCGCAAUUCCAAGCGCUCGUCCGGAGGAGCCGCAGUCUAACCGAGAAAAUCCUGCUCGCCAUUCCCGAAGCUCACAAAUCGAGCAUCCACGCCGAGACUCUGAAACUGAAUUCUUCCGAAAACGCCAAGCUCGGCACAAUGGCGUCCAACAUCAACUUCCCACCUGCUCCCGUGCUCAAAAUCGCUUCGGAAAAAGUUCCGUUGGAGAGCAGUCUGAUACACAUGCACGAGGGUCUGCAACUGCACCAGGCCUUGCUGAGCACCAUCUCACCUCUGCUGGAAAAAACACAGAGAGUGACUGACCUCAUGAAUACUGUCCGAGAUCUUGCUGUUCAAAUUAGCAAGAUGCUGCGAGCUGUCCAGACAGAUUAUGACCCGCACACAACCCCGAGCCCCGUGACCUUACACCUGCACGGCGACUUUGAGGUCCAGGUGGCCACCCACCUGACGCUGGUGCAGCUCCAGUCCCUGGGCCAGGAUAUUCACCGCUUGCUCCGGGGUCUGGACACAAGCCACGAGGAGGAAACGGACAGCGACCUGCUGAUGGGACUGAUAUAACACUGCUCACUCUUCAAAAUUAUUAUUGUUAUUUUAAUAUACCAGAAGUAUUUAUUGCUCUGCUAAGGGAUUUAUUUUUUUAUUUGCCUAUUUAUUUGUAUGUAUUUAUUUAUAUUUGAUUGAACAGCUGAGAUGACUUGUUGCAUGCUGCCUUGUGUCUACACUAACUGCCACCACUUGCCUGUGUCAUGACAAUCUUACACCAAAUACUAAUCUCAAAGCUCUAAUACUGUACAUACUGGAGUCUGACGAUCAAGGGAAUCUUAUUAGACAUAAUGGGGCAUCGUGAAAUACUAAGUUCAAUCAAAUGUUAUUUAUGGAGUAUUUUUGUAUGAAUGUUCAUGCCAAUAGUAUUUAUAAUCUGUCCUGCAAUAAACCGUUUUCUUAA